CCCACGAUUCCUCGGCCCACUUUAGCACUCUUUUCCCCAUAGUGAUAGGCUUUACACCUUUUAAUUCCCUCGCCCUCCCGCUUAUUUAUAACCAUCUCUCUGUCUUCCAUCGUCUUCACAACUUCCCAAGUGCAGAAUCAGCGAGAAUCAGCUCCCCAUUUCCAUCGACACCAUGAGAAUGAUCGACUUGGGCAGCCAAACGGGGCCCCUCCACGUCAUCGACACCGCCACCUCCGUCGACUGCGGCCGCGACGUCCGCCUCCGCCGCUCCCUCCGCUCACUCGUCGAGUGCGUCGUCCCCUGCUGCUGCGGCUUCCAGCCCUCCCCCUCCCCCGACUCCGACUCCGACUCCCUCAGCGUCUCCGCCGAGUCCUCCACCCACUGCUCCUCCCUCGUCACCGGCACCUUCUUCGGCUACCGCCGCGGCCGCGUCAGCUUCUGCCUCCAGGACGACUCCCGCGCCUCGCCCCUCCUCCUCCUCGAGUUCGCCGUCCCGACCUCCUACCUCGCCCGCGAGAUGCGCCAUGGGCUCCUCCGCAUAGCGCUCGAGUGUGGCCGAAGGAAGGCGGAGGCGGCGGAGGACGAGGACCGGCGGGGGCGGCGAGGCGGAGGCGGCGGCGGCGGCUCUCUGUUCAGCGAGCCAGUCUGGUCGAUGUACUGCAACGGGAGGAAGGUCGGGUUCGCCAUGAGGAGGCGGAUGACAGCGGGCGACGCGGCGGUGCUGAGGCUGAUGAGGUCGGUCUCCGUCGGAGCGGGCGUCCUGCCGGUCGCAGCGAGGAGCGACAAGGGCAGCGGCGACGGAGAUCUCUUGUAUCUGCGGGCGAGUUUCGAGCGAGUGAUUGGAUCGGUGGACUCGGAGAGUUUUCAUAUGAUCGAUCCGGUGGGGAGUAAUGGUCAGGAGCUCAGUAUAUUUCUUCUCAGGUCGUAACGCGUGUUACAUAAUUUGUAAUUAUUAAGUAGCUUAGUUUGAAUUCUGUUCAAGCUUAUGCUAAAUUUAGAAUUAAAUGAAUUUGGGAUAUACCCGAGAAGAA